AUGCACUCUCUGCCAUCUGGCUCAGGCCGCGACAUGGAGGAGACUGAGGAUGGUUUCAAUGGCUCAGAUGAAGCCGCCAAUGAUGACGAUGAUCAGCAGAUGGUAGUAGGGCCUUCCUCCGAUGAUACCCUUGUUGGCGAUGAAGAUGAUCAACCACCGAGAAAGAAGCAGAGGCUCAGUACGGAUGCUCGGCUAUUGCUGACCUUUGGAAAGCAGAAUAUCAUUCCUCCACUCUUUGGCAUACAGUAG